UUGGCGCUAGGCGCUGCUGGGACCCCGCCGGCCUGCCCGGAUUUGAGGGAGCCAAUGAGCAAGGGCUCCUGGAGGGGGCGGGGCCUGAGAAGGGACCAAUCAGGCCGGUGGGCUGACGGCGAGCAGUUUCGUCCCGCCUCCCGGCCACGUGGGGUGUCUCUUCCUGCGGAUUCCGUCCAGGGUACGGCAAUGGCGCCCUUCGUGAUGAAGACCCUGCACCGAUCGCACGGCUCAGGAGCCAGCAAGAAGUAUUCUCACUCCAAGAACUGGCUCCUUGUCCACACUCAACGGUACUGGUGUAGGUUUAAGCACUUUCUCAAGCCAUCCGUGCUUCAUGUGGAUGCCCGUCUGCUGGAGAAGAUUUUCGGACCAAGCAGAGCCCUCGUCCCGGGGUUCGAACGGGAGUUCAAGGUCCUGCUCCAGAUGAGAGAGCCCAACUCCGAGGGCAAGGUUGAGAUCCUCAUCAUGGGGAGGCGCCGGUACCGGAAGCGUGCCAAAAGGCUGAUUCGCAUCUUGGCGGCGAAGCCCCGAGGGAAACGCUAUGGAGGCACAAUGAUGUUCAGCCUAGAAACCAUGAAGUCUUUUGAAAGAGAAAAUGUUCAUUCUGAUGAUUUCCUCUCCACCGCUAUGAUGAGUAGCCUGGAUGAAGCCAUGCAGUCCCUGGAAAUAGGUCAGGAGACUGUCCAGGAACCUGUUACCAAAACAGUGUAAUUUUUGUGAUUAGGAACCCAGUGCAGGGGGGACGGUUUGGGUCAGGAGCCUUACCCUCAGAGGCCCGGUCUGAACUCUGCCUUUGUUCCUGUGGCUAAGGAGAAACAAGUAUUGUCGGUGGUCUAUCCACCUUCCUCCUUCAUAGAUAGUUGUUUAAAGAUUCAAAUGUGAGUUACAAUAAAAAAUAAACUUUAAAAAACAUAGAUAUAUACAUAGAUAUAGAUUAGUAGUGUCAAGAAAGGCAAUCUUGCUUUUGCAUGCUCCAAGAUGGGAAAAUGCUAAGAAUUAGCAAAUGGUUGGUUCUGCUUUUUCAUAGUGUUUUGUGUGAGGUGGGUAUGGCUGGGAUCUUUAAUGUUCCAGGGACCUUUUGUCCAUAAGGAAGAACUUUACUACUGUUUAUUCUUUCACUAAUACUAAUUUUGAAAAAAAAAAUGUUUGAUAUUAAACAAGCUUUAAAAAAA